AUGUCUUCUUAUUUAUCUCUUCAUACUUGUUGGCUUCCCAGAACAGUUCUUUUCCAGCGAAUUUUUUUACUUUCAACUUUUUCAACCAAAUCAAUAUCAAAUAAUACAUCAUCUCAUCGAUCAACGUCACGUUUUUCACUUAAAAUUGCUCGAUUUUUAUUUUUAAAACGUCGUAUUAAAUGUGAACAUCAUGCAAAAAAUGAACCAAAUAAAGAUAUGCAUUUGUUAGCACGAAGUUUUCUAUUUUCACUUGAACCAGAACAUCGAAAGAUUCUUCAUGAUGAAUUAAUUCAUGUGGAAAAAUUAUCAACAACAACGACUACUUCAAUUGAAAUACGUCCUUCACAGCUUGCUGGUGUCUUUCUUGAAACUGGUCUUCCGUAUAUUGGUUUUGGUUUUGUCGAUAAUUUUGUUAUGCUUAUUGCGCUGCUUUGUGUCUUUCUACAAUGGCAGGUAAUCAAACAGGAAUCGAAGACGAAAAAAGUUUCAUAUACCUUUCCCUUUAAAGCUGCUGGCUUUGGAAAUGCUGUGAGUGAUGUUAUGGGUAUUAGUCUUGCGGAUCAUAUCGAACGAACAUGUGGACGAUUUUUAGCUUUAUUUGGUAUUGAUUUACCAAAAUUAACUAAAGCCCAAUGGGGAUUACGAUCUGUGCAUGUAACACAAUUUUUUGCGAAAGUCAUUUGUAUUUUUUUCGGAUGUGUAUUAGGUAAUGGGUGUUGA